AGAGCGACAGUAAGCGUCCAGACGUCCAUGCAUCGCAGCGGCGCAUAGUCUCGUCAUGAUGGUCAACGUUCUAUGCAAUGUGCGGAAUCUCAAACUCCGCCAUCUUCACCUGCGCAUAGCUCCAACUUCCGAAUUUCUUGUCAUACAUCGGGAAGGGACAACGUGGCGAGCAACUCAGCAUGAGAGGCUACGUCGGUGGUCGUGCAUGGAAGGACAACUUUGUGGAGUUUAAUGUCUUUCGCCUAUCCCGCUCAUUGAGCCAUGGUAUUUGGCUUGCAAUCACUCCCUCAUGGGAUCCUCAUUGCCUGCAUGGAAUUUGGAACAAACAGCGACCCUUGAGGCGUAUCGAAAAUGAAACUACAGGUGCUAUUGUCCCUCACCUAGAAAUGCUUGCAUCCACCUGGCUCGACCCGGAUUGUGUGGCUGCCGUGAGAAUUUCAUCUACCUUAUAUUUGGUGAAUGCUGGCUCUCAUCCUCCUCGUGUCUUCAUACUGAAUCCUUUUACAAUUGACUUGACUGCUUUGAAACUCAUUAUUGGCCAUGUUGAACACGUUGCGCAAAUGCAUGUCUCGGAUUGGAGAGAACGCUUCACAUUGGCCAACGGAACGUUCUUUCACCUUGCGUGGGGCCAAGAUGAAGAAAUGGCUGCCCAGAAACACACCAAAAAUAUCCUCGAUGUGGGCCUUCGAGAUAGACGUCAUGUCGCUGCCAUAAUCCGCCUGAUGAGAACGCCGGGACCUUUUGAAGGCGGAUCGGACUAUAUUUUCGAAAAGUACAUGAAAGUUGCAGUCUCGCUGUUAUACGAGAAUGGCGACAUCCAUUUCAUUGAAGGUACUGAUUGCCUGACAAAUGAUCGUCUAACUUCUCCUUUGCCGUUGUUGAUAGCAGGUGAGUAUCUUUCCCUUCAUGUUCCCCUUUUAUCCACGCAGGACUUCUUUAUAGGUGGAAGCUCUGACCUCUCAAAGAAGGUCCAAGCAUCUUUCGCCGCGGCGGCACGCAACACAUUGGUGAAACUCGUUCGUAACCACAAUGAAGCGGGACCUUCGGCACUGGCACUUCCGGAGGAGUUCAUUGUUUAUGGACUGCAUUGGUCAAACGCUAGGCUUCAUAUUCUGGCGCAUUUUGUGACGAACAUUGACAGCGAUGAUCCAGACAAAUGGAAAUUUUGCCAGGUUUUGGUUGCUCAGCACUGGAUAACUCUCGAGGAGGUUGAUCACCGUAACCCUAUUGGUAGUUUCAGACAUUACGCGGAGUUUGACAUGCUUCUGGAUCGCUGGAGAGUUGUAGUCUCCUUGUUUAUGAUUCGUGCACAUGUGCAGAGAUUGAAACAGUGCCUACAAACAGGCGAUACCGCAGGAUACCCUUCAUCGGAGAUGGGAUUUGUUCAAUCGUCCGAGGCAUAUUUAGGUUCAAGCUUGCCUAUUGAUAUUGGGAUUGCGUGGCGUCAACCAUUGCAUGAAUACGUGUGCGAGCUUCAUGGAUUCUGGCGCGGCUCACGAAUUUAUGUCCCCGCUGAAUGGAUACCAGCGGAACAUGAACAGCUCGAUCUUGACAUUGACGACUUCGAGGAGAAUGUACGACCCUUGAUGGUCUCCUUAGCAAAGUUGGCCUUGUCCCCGCUCCGUCCUCUUCUGGCUCCUAUGGACAAGGAGACUGUAGUCCAAAAUGAUCAACGAAUGGAUUACAAGGGUCCACGGUACACCCACUCUUUGCAAGUUCCGCGUUCAAUGUUCUUCUGGCGCAGACUAAACCUGGAUCUGAAAGCCAACACGCAACCUCAUUUAGUGCUCCUAUACGAUCUCCUCAUGAUGGCGACAACGUCCUGGGACGACAUCAACAUUUUUUUCGCCAAUACUUUUGCAAACUUUUCAACAUAUGCUGUUCGAUGGGACCCUUGUAUAUGCUACCCCUUCGAAGUACAAACAGACGAUUCUAUAUUCAUCAUGGACUUCGCGCUUGCGGUACAGACGAUUCCUCCGACCACACCGAGCAUGAUAAAGAGGGCAUAUUAUUUACCUUUGUCGAUCUCUUCUCCCGCGGUACUGAUCGGCUUGCGUUCAAACGACAUGGAGGGAAAAGGGCGUGUACUCUCAGAUUCGGACUUACGUGCCGUCAGAGGCAUUAUGCUUCCGCACCUCCGAAUGGUCGACUUGGGCUUCAACAACGACAAGGAAAAGGAUACGCGCGACGUCGGUUGGCCUUCCUGGGCAAUCCUCUUCUGUAUCAUAGUCAAACCAGGCUUUGUGCACAUUGUCGGCUCAACAUUAAGUUCUAUGGGCGACGAUCAUCAGGUUGAACUUCAUCUCGUGGAUAGUCUACCGAUUACUAUGUUUGCUCAUGAUAUCAGCGAUUUCGAAGAUCGCUUACGCCUUGCGACGGCCCUGUUCACGCUUCAAACGCAUGUUGUCCGCUUCGCCGAACAAUGGGCUAGUAUUUGCUGGCCCGACGAACUAUUGAUCGAGGAACAUGAAGCUAUCGUGGAUGUGGCAGAGCAAGACACGCCUUCACCUUCUGAAGACGCGCCUCCACAGCCGGAACAAGAAUGGGGCGUAACGCGGUCAAUUGAGGACGGGGACUCGAGAGACAGUGAGAACACUGAUAAGCCGCGAGGGGAGAACCUGAGCCAGGUGCGCGAGACAGUGGAGAUUUGGCUGAAGAAACUACGGCUUCAUCAGCCUCUCGAUAUUGCUACGACUGAGGUAUAGAGUAGCCUAAAGUUCUGGUUCCGGAAGCCAAAUUGCAACAUCACUUAAUGCUCCUGUACGAUCUUCUCACAAUGACAACAACGUUCCGAGACGACAUCAAAAUUUGUAUCGCCGAAGUAUUUGCCAACUUCCCAGGUUAUGCUGUCCCGCCGUACAGAAGGGACAAGCCUCUCAUGGACCUUUGUAAGAAUGUACGGUUGCAUAUUCAUAAUAUCCAGGACUGGGCUCUCAUCUUAUCGUUAUGUCGGGAAUGCACAAAGCGAAUCGAAUACAUGAAUUUGAUAGACCAAUUUAAAGGGACAAGCUCUCUAUUAUACCAAUCUGAACCUUUAUGCUAUUCAUUACAAUGG